AUGACCGGCGUCACGGAAAUCUAUCGAUGUGUGGAUGACAAGCCACCAGCUCGUGCGAACAAUAGUAGCGCAUCUGGCGCCAUGUCGGUGGUCAUUGCUGUCGAGAAGUCGCUACUACGCACAGUGGCCUUCGUGCUAUACCAGCUCGAUCGAAAUAGUGCCAAAUAUUGCGCUUCGUCUAUCGUGCAAUGGUACAUGCAGCUUCAGACACAGCUACCUGUCGCAGCAGUUGAUUCACUUGAUAGAGUGGCUGAUUCGGUUGUUUCGCUUUCGGAUGCUCAAUUUACAGAUUUUUGGCAAUCACUUGUAGCCAAAGAGCUUGACGAAGCCUCGUAUCGAAGGCAGCAGAAUCUGAACCACAAUCACCCUCAUAGACAUUGCAACGCUGUUACUUCCGAAUCGGAUGAUAGUGAUAUGAAGAGACAGAAUCAAACGUUUGUGAAAAGAUUUUACCAACAGCUUUUCGUAAGGGUCCAACGCUUAUUCACGGCCGGUUCUUCAAAUCAGACCCAAACACAGACACCGUGUACUUCUCCAGUUGACAUCAUGGACAUCAGUCAUCGACAAACUCAACGCUACACGCGACAUCGGCUUUGCGACACGGACAGCGAGUCUGAUUGUAGCAUGAGUGAUGUUGAAAGGACAGACGACGAGUUUGAACCUGGCUGGGCUAUCGAGUACAUGGAGCAAGACUCAACUAUCUCAUCUGAGAUGUUUCAACGAAUGGCAAACAUGAUGCAUUCAAGCGUACCAGCAAAUCUCUUUCGAGCUACUGUUACUCUUAGUGGCAGUCACGAUCGGGAUGUCAAUUCGUACAUAGGUGCAGUUACUCCUGGAUCCUUUCCACCGACUCCAAUAACGAGAGACUUGCAGACACGACGCAUGAAUCACUACACUAUCUCUGUGCUAGAUCAUGCUACACUUACACUUCGGUUGUUGACUGAAAAAAACUGA